AUGGUAAACAAACCCGUGAGCAAGCAGAUCAACUUCGUUCAGCUCAGCAAAAGUUGCCCAAUGUUCCGAUUCCAACCAAUUUACAACUUCCAAUUCAAGCCAGUGGUAUUCGCCCAUCUAAAGCAUUGCCUUAUGAAUUACAUACCAGUGCACGUUGUCAAAAUGAUGGAACAGUUAAACUCUUGUUCUCGAAUACAGGGACUCAAGGCGCACCGUGUCCCACGUCGUUACAUUGUAGAAGCGGGUAAAACACUGGAUGAUGUUUGGAAUGUGAAAAAGGAUAAUCAAGGCUUAUACGAUCUUUGGGUAAUGGGACCAAAUGGUUUUCAUCGCCAUUUCAAAGACCUGACCAACAUGGGCACAAAAGAUGUUGAAUUGGUCAUUAGCCCAGUCGUCUAUCGUAGUGAUGCAGCGUUAAAAAUCACUGUAAAAGCAGGUCAAACAUCAACGCGACAUUGGGAACUGAAAGAUACAUGGCAAUGGACACUAAGUUUUAUCGACGCUUUGCAGGACGCGUUGAAACAGGUGCAGAUUCUGUCAGAACACGUCACUCCUUCCAUCACCACAGCUUUAUUGGCUUCUGUCGCAACAACAGAAGCGGCAAUCGCUUCGAUAACCUUACUCAAUGACUGUCGUGAAACACUGACUAUAUCAACAAUUUUAUUGCCAUCUGCACCAACUGCAUCGGGUCUGGCUGGAUCAUCUCGUUUAAUAAUCCAAGCAACUGCCACCUCAAUAUCCCGAUUCAUCGAACCCAUUAACGAACCACCUAAUUUCUGUUGCAAACCCGCAGACAAACCAUCACGUAACUCUGCCCCCAACGUGGACGUCCAGCGUUCAUUAUCCAAUACAUUAGAUUUACCACUGCUGUCCUGUAAGACUAAGGGGGCCCUGUUUAAACGGUCGGGUAAUCCCACUGGCAGUACUUCAAUCACCCGUACAUUUGAACUCACCAACGGUUUAACCGUUGGCGUCAAGCUAUAG